AUGGCACCGCGCAAAACGACCAAAAAGCAGACGCGAUUGGCCUUUGCUUCGGCCGCGGCACCUUCUGGUGCAGCGAGUCCGGAGCAAAGCAGCCGAUAUUCCACCCUCCAAUACGGCAACCCAAGCUCAGGGAUAUAUCGCGCAAAACCUCACAAGAUCAAGUCCAGCGCAACAGGGACCAAGUCCAACCAGCGAGCAAAGCCCAAGAAGCAAUCCCGACUUCCCACCCAGGCUACACAGGCUGCUCCGAAGUUCAGCGGAACAAUCAAGAACGAACCAGAACCAUCCUCCGAUGACGAAAUUCCCGUCUCUCAGCGAAAGCGAGGUGCUCGAUCAGACGUGCAAGUGGUAUUAGACAACACUCCGUCAAAAUUCAACAAGUCCGAGAGUUCGAAGAAAUCAGGGCGAGGACUGCAAUCUUCGCACGAAGACAGUGGAAACACAGGCAUUUCGGAGGAGCUGUCUAGCUCACGCCAGAAACUGAAGCGCAAGGCCACAAGCUCACCUACCUUGCUAAGUGACUCGGACGAAUCAAUCAUCCCAUCGUCUGUCCGGAAGCGCAAGCCUGACCAGGAGGAAAGCACACCGGUUAAACCAUGUCAGGAAGAAGAUGAUGAUUCCGACGUACCGAUUCGGUCUUCAGCGGUGAAGAGACUCAGACGUGGCCAGGAGCGAAGAAUACCGAUCGAAACCAGCGAAGAAGAGGAUCAUGACUCUGACGAACCGAUUCGGUCUUCGCCCCUGAAGAGACUGAGGCGUGCACAAGAUAUACACACUCCUCAAACCCCAAGAACUCCGCGCAAUAUUUCGGACCAGGCCAGACUUGAUAUCGCGGAGGAUCUUGAGGACCUCCAAGACUCAGCUGUUCGAAAGAGCCGCACACGUGGUCAUGUUGCCGAAUCUGCCCGAGACAAGAGAUUGAAACAUCUCGAAACCCUCCGGCGCAGACGAGCCGGUCUGAAAGAAGAGGAAAGCGAGGAGGAAUCCGAGGGAGAGUCCGGUUCAGGCGUCCAAGAGGUCGACCGAAACGGCAAUCAAAUCAGCCCAUCCACUCGCAAAAUCAGCUGGCAGCAACAUGAUGUGGACAGCGACGUGGAAUCUGCCAUUGCCGCCAACGAAGACUUGGACCGUUACGAAGACGACUUUGUCCUCGAAGACGAGCAGAACGACCUCGGCGUUCCAACCGAGGGCAUUCCGCUUGAAUUCACCCGACACGCAUACAAACAGCCAAAGGACUACUUCCGCGAUGUGGUCUACUGGAUGGUCCAGAACAAACUCAACCCGGCCUUCCCUCGCUCAGACCCGAUGUUCAAGAUGGCAUUCAUGAAACUGGAAGACGAAGUCAAGGGUCGAUCUGGCUCCCAGCUCAUCUCUUCGGUCUGGAGUCCUCAGUUCAUCUAUGCCAUUCAAGCUCGCCCGUCUAUGGAUAUCACUUCCUAUCCCACGGAAGAGGACCAUCCAUGCGAUGCUUGUAGACGUUCUGGUCACCCUGCGUCCUCUGAUCUAACGCUAUACGGCAAAGCCUAUUCCCUGGAGACACUGGAGCCGCUGAACGAAGACGACACUGACGAACAGUCGAAGGAGGAUGACGAUAACGAGGAUUAUGGCCACGACCGAGACAGAGAUGGUCAUAUUAUUCCAUCCGAGGGUACCCAUUUCUACCUAGGAAGAACAUGCAAGGGCAGAGCUGUACUCGCACACACCCUCAUGCACUGGCGCUACCACCUCAACGAAUGGGUUCUCGAUUAUCUCGAUGGCAUGGGCCACAUGGCAGACGACGAGAUUCUCAAGCGGAAUGGUAUGAGCGCCAAAAAGAAGACACGUAAUGCCAAUGGUGUCCUUGAUGCGAUGGUUGCGGGUGGUAUAGUCGAUGGCCUUUGGCGCGAUUUCCAUAUCAGUCUCCGGUCUGCGCGCGAAAAAGAGUCUAUUUAUGCUUGA